GUGUGAGGUCACGGAAUAUUUGAUUGAAAAUCUGAGUUUGGUGUUUUGGGUGUUUAGCGUAAGAAGUGCAAUGUCAAAAAAGAAUUUGUUUAAUUAAGUUUAUUCAACCAAACUCGCCCGGUAGCUGUAAUUGUCAAGGAUAAUAUGUUGAAGAUAGAGUCCUGCAACAGUUAAUGUUGUUGGAUUAAUUUGGGCGCACCUAUUUGUGCUUUUUGAUUUGCCUAGGUACCUGUUUUGGCUUUAAAUUGUCCAUGACCUAAAUAAACACAUUUUUAUAAAUUUAUUUAUAUUACUAGUUAUCCAAAGGACAAUGGAGUUAAAGCAUUUAUUAAUAGCUGGUAUGAUUGCCAACAUAGCAGUAGCACAAGUUCCUCAACGUUUCACUGCCCAAAACCCAUGUACUUCAAAACCUACAUGCCAAGAAUGUAUCCAAACACCAUCUUGUGCUUGGUGUUAUGCACCUAAUUUUCAAGGAUCCAGAUGUUUCCAGCCAUCAUUUCCAAUAUCCCCUAGAGAGUUAUGCCCGGAGGAGUAUAUUCAUAAUCCAGACAAUAUUAUGAGUAUUUUGUCAAAUAUAGCACUUUCAAGACCUAGGGCGAGAGGAAACGGCGGAGAGUACCAAACAGAUUUUGAGGCAAGUUGGAAUAAUUCUGAAAGUUGGGAGAAAAAAGGGUCAUCUUUUUAUGGCCAUGGAAAUGCAAACACAGGGUCAUCUGGUGAAAAAAUUGUACAAAUUGCCCCACAAAGGGUCAAUUUGAAACUGAGAGCAAGGCAGUCAUACAGUAUCUAUAUGAGUUACACUCAAGCUGAAGAUUAUCCCGUCGAUUUAUAUUAUCUAAUGGACCUCAGUAGAUCUAUGUUUGAUGAUAAAGAGAAAUUGUCCUCCUUGGGCGACCAAUUAGCACAAACCAUGCAAAAUAUUACAUCCAACUUCACCUUGGGUUUUGGUAGCUUUGUAGAUAAGGUGGUGAUGCCUUAUGUUAGUACAUUACCAGAAAAUUUAGAACAUCCAUGUGAUUUGUGUGCAGCACCAUAUGGAUACCGAAAUAUGAUGAGCUUGUCUCAAAACACCUAUUUAUUUUCACGAAUGGUCAAACAAGCCAAUGUUUCUGGAAAUUUAGAUGCACCUGAAGGUGGAUUUGACGCUAUUAUGCAAGCAGUAGUUUGUCGCAAUCAGAUCGGAUGGAGGGAACAAGCUAGAAGACUUUUAGUAUUUUCUACAGAUGCAAGUUUCCAUUUUGCUGGUGAUGGAAAACUAGGAGGCAUUGUAAAACCCAACGAUGGAGUAUGUCACUUGUCUUCUGAAGGUUACUACAGUGAAUCGUCUUGGCAAGAUUAUCCUUCCAUAGAGCAGAUUAAUCUUUCUGUUAAGAGAAAUGCUAUCAACGUGAUUUUUGCUGUAACCGGCAAUACAAUUGGAAUUUAUGAUCAGUUAGCUAAACAUAUUGAAGGAGCAUCAGUUGCCAAAUUGGAAAAGGACAGUUCCAAUAUAGUGGAAUUAAUCAAAGAACAAUAUGAACAAAUUUCAUCUUCUGUUGAAUUGAAGCAUAAUGCAUCGAGUGCCUUGAGUAUAAGAUUUUUCACCAAGUGCCUCAACACAAGUGGUGUAACUUUAAAUACAAACAAAUGCGGGAAUGUUAAGGUUGGAGAUGUAAUCAAUUUUAAAAUUGAGUUGGAAGUAUUAAAAUGUCCUAAAGAUCCUAAGGACCGUUUCCAAACAAUUCAGAUUUACCCAGUUGGCAUAAAUGAGAGUCUAAUUAUUGAUCUGGAAAUGCUUUGCCACUGCGAUUGUGAAAAACCGGGAGAUAAGUAUUAUCAAGAAAAUGCAACAUUUUGCCAUCACCACGGAACAUAUAAGUGUGGCAUAUGUGUUUGCAAUCCCGGAGCGUUUGGUAGAAGUUGUGAAUGUAAUGCCGAAGAAAUACCAAAAUUACCCAAAUCUGGCACCAGCUGUAUACCCCCAAAUAGUACCACUGGUAUUGAAUGCUCUAGUAGGGGUCAUUGUCUUUGCGGAAGAUGUGAAUGUGAACCUAGGGGGGGACUUGAAGUAAAUUCAGAUAAAUAUAAUUAUACAUAUCUAUACAUAAUAUUUUUUCAGAGGAUUUAUGGCGAUUACUGUGAGUGUGACAAUUUUUCCUGUGAGCGGCACAUGGGGGAACUGUGUAGUGGUGAAUCACAUGGAACCUGUGACUGUGGUAUCUGUAGAUGUAAACCAGGCUGGACGGGCCCAAAUUGUGCUUGUGAAGAAUCUAAUGCUGGCUGUUAUGCUCCGGAUGUAAUUCAUGGUCAGAUUUGCUCAGGGCACGGGACUUGCGAGUGUGGUGUUUGCAAAUGUGAAAAUUCAGAAGAAAACAGAUACUCAGGCAAAUUUUGUGAAAAAUGUCCUACAUGCCCAGAUCGGUGUUUGGAGUUUAAGGAUUGUGUACAGUGCCAACAAUACAAAACAGGGCCACUUAAAGAUUCGUGUGAUACGAAUUGUUCCCAUGUACCUGUUCCAAUAGCAGUGGACAGAGUAGAGGUAAAUGAGGAAAACAAUGAAUACUUAUGCCGGUACACUGAUGAAGAUCACUGCCAAUUUCAAUAUGUGUAUUACUAUGACAAAGAAAGACAGUUGCAUAUGAGAGUACAAGAAGAAAGAACCUGCCCUCCCAAGGUAUUUGUUUUGGGAAUUGUUUUUGGCGUAAUUGCUGCUAUUGUUUUAAUUGGAAUGGCAAUCCUUCUUCUAUGGAAAUUACUCACCACAAUACAUGAUCGGCGCGAGUUCGCAAAGUUUGAGAAAGAAAGAAUGAUGGCUAAAUGGGAUACAGGGGAAAAUCCAAUUUAUAAACAAGCAACUUCAACAUUUAAAAAUCCAACUUAUGCAGGAAAAGGUUGUUCAUGAGUUAUAGUAUAAAAAAACUACUGAUUUUUUUACCUGAAAUUAACUGAAGAUCUAAAGCGUUGUAAUUUAGAUUUAGUACUUAAAUUAUUUCAUUUUUAGAUAAUACAACUAAUAUACUUAAUUAAUUCAGAUAAAUUGGAUAUUAACAUUUCAUUAUACUAUUUGGAUUGUUAAAUUUUACUUAUUUUAAUUUACAGCCCAUAAUUUAAAAUAAGACUUUGUAGAUAUUUUAAUAAAAGAUAUAU